AUGCUUCUUAUUUUCGUUCUAACUUCUUUUUUAGCUUCUAAAAAAAACUCUAGAGACUUGUACGGCUUGGGUCGUUUAGGUGGUUUAGACGGUUUAGGCGGUUCUAGUAGUGCUGGUGCUUCUAGUGUAGCUGCUACUAGUGGUGCUGGUGCUACUGACGCUGCUGGUGGUGCUGGUGGUGCUGGUGGUGCUGGCGCUGCUGGUGCUACCGACGCUGCUGGUGCUACCGACGCUGCUGCCCCUGCCGCUAAUACUGACGCUGCUGCCGCCAAUACCGACGCUGCUGCCGCCGCUGCUAAUACCGACGCUUCUGCCGCUAAUACUGACGCUGCUGCUGCUAAUACCGACGCUGCUGCCGCUAAUACCGACGCUGCUGCCGCUAAUACUGACGCUGCUGCCGCUAAUACCGACGCUGCUGCCGCUAAUACCAACGCUGCUGCCGCUAAUACCGACGCUGCUGCCGCUAAUACCGACGCUGCUGCUGCUAAUACCAACGCUGCCGCUGCUAAUACCGACGCUGCUGCCCCUGCUGCCGAUACCAACGCUGCCGCUGCUAAUACCGACGCUGCCGCUGCUAAUACCGACGCUGCCGCUGCUAAUACCGACGCUGCCGCUGCUAAUACCGACGCUGCUGCCGCUAAUACCGACGCUGCUGCUGCUAAUACCAACGCUGCUGCCGCUAAUACCGACGCUGCUGCUGCUAAUACCGACGCUGCUGCCGCUAAUACCGACGCUGCUGCUGCUAAUACCGACGCUGCUGCCGCUAAUACCGACGCUGCUGCUGCUAAUACCGACGCUGCUGCCGCUAAUACCGACGCUGCUGCUGCUAAUACCGACGCUGCUGCCGCUAAUACCGACGCUGCUGCUGCUAAUACCGACGCUGCUGCCGCUAAUACCGACGCUGCUGCUGCUAAUACCGACGCUGCUGCCGCUAAUACCGACGCUGCUGCUGCUAAUACCGACGCUGCUGCCGCUAAUACCGACGCUGCUGCUGCUAAUACCGACGCUGCUGCCGCUAAUACCGACGCUGCUGCUGCUAAUACCGACGCUGCUGCCGCUAAUACCGACGCUGCUGCUGCUAAUACCGACGCUGCUGCCGCUAAUACCGACGCUGCUGCUGCUAAUACCGACGCUGCUGCCGCUAAUACCGACGCUGCUGCUGCUAAUACCGACGCUGCUGCCGCUAAUACCGACGCUGCUGCUGCUAAUACCGACGCUGCUGCCGCUAAUACCGACGCUGCUGCUGCUAAUACCAACGCUGCCGCUGCUAAUACCGACGCUGCUGCCCCUGCUGCCGAUACCAACGCUGCUGCCGCUAAUACCGACGCUGCCGCUGCUAAUACCGACGCUGCCGCUGCUAAUACCGACGCUGCCGCCGCUAAUACCGACGCUGCCGCUGCUAAUACCGACGCUGCUGCUGCUAAUACCGACGCUGCUGCCCCUGCUGCCGAUACCGACGCUGCUGCCCCUGCUGCCGAUACUAACGCUGCUGCUGCUAAUACCGACGCUGCCGCUGCUAAUACCGACGCUGCCGCUGCUAAUACCGACGCUCCUGCCCCUGCUGCCGAUACCAACGCUGCUGGUGGUGAUAGUGGUGCUGUUGCUACCAACGCCGCUGCUCCUAGUGAACCGUAUACUGACUAA